UGUAUGUUCACAGAGACGAGAAAUAAUGCAGAGUUUACACUGAGCAAGAUGGAUUUCAUAAAGCGCACCAAAUCAAAGGUGGGCCAUCUAAAAAAUCAGAGAGGCCAGCAGCUCUACAGACAACUGCUCAACAAUGCCACCUGCGGUCUCACCUUCUCCAAAGAUGUUAUAUUGGAGAUGGGGCUGGACAGUGUACCUUACAGUCAAGCGGACUUCAAAUGGCUUUUCAACGCAUCGGGAAAUCUGUCACCAAGGGGCAAUCUUAGGAGCACAAUGUUAAAAACAGUCAAACGUAUGCCCUCUAACCCUUCACCCCACAAUCCUGCCAAGACCAAAGGCUUCCCAGAUCCUCCCUCUCUGCUCCCCGCAUUGAAAAGCCACUGGAAGUCAGUAACCCAGCUUGCUCCAUUGACAGCCAAAGACUCCUUUACACUUCCUGGUCAUCAGGGGGGACUGCUGGAGUCCUUUAAAAGCACCGGACUACGGGGAGAGUGUCUCAAGGAAGCAUCUACAGGAGGCAGGAAGGACUGUUCAAAGACCUUCCACUGGGACGAGAUCAAGUUGAAGGAACCGAUCGACAACACAGCUCAGUGGUUCGAUGGUCAAAAGAUUUUAAAUCGGGUCCAGAAUAAAACUCAGGCACAGCUGAGGGGUCAGUAUGGUUCAGCCAGUGACACGGAUGUGGUCAGUGAGAAGGAUUUGUUCGGAGACGAAGACCUCCCCAAGCAAACUGAAAAUAAGCAUUCUCUUAGAAGCAGCAUGGCUGAGACACCUCUUCCAGUAUACUACAGGGUUCAAGGCUACUGUCUUCCCUCCGCAUGCAGCAAGUCUGGGGCUUUGAACCAGACUGCCAACACUGUAGCAGUCAAGCACAUUGAAACCCAUCAACCUCCCCGUCUUCAGGAUAGCCUCAAACCCUGUGCUGGAGGCCAUGUCUUCUUAGAGAACGAGUUUGAACAGGAGCUGUUUUCUGGAAUAGCCAAACAGGUUCAUCAGCAUGAUCCACGGAAACACGGUCGCAUAAUCAUGGACAACAAUUCAGAGUACCAAAAGAACCUUCAGGAGAUUUUCCCCGGCAGUCCAGAUAAGUGGACGAAGGCUUUACCAGCAACCGCGCACAGAAUGCGGCGGCUGGAGAAAGGUGCUCGACGGUGGGUGGACCUGCCAACCACAGCUGACUAUUCCACAGAGGUGUGUAUGAGACCUCCUGACUACAGCGGGCAGGACACAGAGUCUCCACGGCGGCAGGCCCUCUACAACCCCAUGCCUGAGCUCUCCUCGCUACGCUACGCAGUGGAGGGAUGGAGAAGCGCCUGGAAGAUGAAGAACACCUGGCAGAGUGCGACUAUUGAAGGGUUGAAGAGGGACCUCACAGACUUGCACAUACAGGUUCGCAUUUCGGCCAUUGCCACUUGUGCAUCAGGGGCAGUGAACAGGCCGAGGGAGGAGCAACAUCCUCCAGACGCAGGUCAGUAUGGCCACCUUUGGGACAUCCUGGCAGUUCCACGGGAGCUUCAGCCACUCAUCCUCCGGGCUCUGGAAGACCCUGUGAAGAGAGUUCAGAUGGCAGCAGCAGUGUGCCAGUACGCCAUGGGGACACCAGGCUCCAGAGCCCGCAAAAUCCUCCGGCGUGAACUAGAUCAAGACACUACGUGUUUAGGCGCUGACAGCUGGGUGGCGGCACAGUGCUUGGCCAUGGAGGGCGACGCCAGCAGACCGGUCAUACAGAGGCUCCUCUCCCAGCGCUUAGUCAGCGGGACUCACAGCGAUCAGGAGCAGUCAGCCUCUCUACUGGCCAGCAUCAGCAGCAAGACGACUCUAGUUCACUCCCUGCUGGCUGAGGACUUGAAUUGCGCCAACUGGAGGACAAGACUCUUGGCUUGCAAAACUAUUUCCCGGUUGAAAAAUCCUGCUAAUAAGGACCUUACAAACAAGUUGAUUCAUCUGAUGUGGAACGACUGGAGCGGUGAAGUGAGGCAGAUGGCAGCCCGGGCCCUGGGAAAACUAGGAGCAGGAAGAGCUGUGCACAACGGGCUGAGAGAUAAGCUGGAGGAAGGUACUGCCUCCUGCAGGGUGGAGUCUCUCAUCCUCGUAGGUCAGUUACAGAUCAUGACGGCCAAGCUGUUGCCUGCUUUUCUGAGAUGUUUUAAUGACAACUUUGUGGCUGUGAGGAAACAGGCCUGUGUGACUGCUGCAGCACUCAUGAUGAAGGACAGCCUGGUCUUGAACCAGUUGAUUCACCUAAUGAAGAAUGACCCGGCAUGGGAGGUUAAAGUUGCAGCAAUCAGUGCUUCAGGGACGAUAGGUUGCCUCACACCAACCCUCCAUGACCUUCUCCUCUGGGUAUUACACCAUGAGGAGGAGCCCCAGGUACGCAUCGCCGCCUGUGAAGCCCUGAAGGUCCUCAGAGUGAAAGGACUUGAGCUGCAACAUCUUCUGCAGGAGCGCUUUGUUCUGGAACCCGACCUCCAGGUCCAUAGGCACAUAGAGGGGCUCCUAAAAAACUACGGCUACAGCCUUGAAGGAGACAAGGGCAUGGUCCACAAGAUCAAAGAUCAGAUUCAGAGGCUGAGCACCAAGAGCAUCAUCACAGACAAAGUGCUGUUGAUUGAGGAGCUGGCAGACAUGUACCAGCAACAGACAAAGUACCAGGGUGAGGAGAGCCAGACAGACACUCCACCAGUCUUACAACUACUGCAGGAACGCUACAAAGGGCCCAGACAUUACCCUUCCACAAUGAGGUUGAUUUGUUCCUCUGUUUCAUCUGAGACUCAGUCUUCAGAUUGCACCCUAGAAUCAAACCCUGUCAACCAUUUCUCUUCAUCUCCUCAUCAAGAUCAUCAAAACUCUGCGUCAUGGGGCAACUGCGAAACCUCAGCACUUCAAGAAACUGAUGAAAAUAUGUAAUAGAAAUAUGGCCACAUAAAAUAAAAAAUAAAAAAUAACACAUGUAGUUAUAGGGAUUGAGAAAGGCAUCAAGAAAGUUUUGACAAAUUGACCCUUCAUUGAUGGAAAUGUACUGUGGCUGUCUACCUACAUUCUGCAUGAGUCAGUGAGGUAUUGGGCCAGUUCAGCUAGGCUUAUUAGUUCUGUAUGCUAAGCUGUCCCUCAGCAAUGUAAAAGCAUAGCAAUUAGUGCCUGGGUGUUAAAGACACAUGGGGGAAGGUGUUGUGGAACUGACCGUCCUUGUUGGUAUACUAACCCAAUUUUGUCAAUGCCAGUGAUGCUGGGUACCUAUUGGCAAAUGAAGUCAAAGUUUGAACCCAUAGUCUUCCGCCAGUUCCGCACAUUUGGACAGAAGUCUCUAGGAUCCUGGGCCAGGAUCUGGAGUAUAGAGAUGAUAUAGAUAUGUUUGGAGUAUAGAGAUGAUAUAGAUAUGUUUGGAGUAUAAAGAUGAUAUAGAGAUGUUUGGAGUAUAGAGAUGAUAUAGAGAAGUUUGGAGUAUAGAGAUGACAUAGAUAUGUUUGGAGUAUAGGGAUGAUAUAGAGAUGUUUGGAGUAUAGAGAUGAUAAUUAAGGAAGGGAUUGUAAAUGUGUAGACAUAUAGGCCUUUGUAAGAUAUGUACCAUUCUUUUUAAAAUUUCUAUCAUGAUUUAUCCAUGACUUGUUUUUAGCAAAUUCAAAAAGGUUGGCAAGUAUAUUCCUUUAUAAAUGAUUGCAUUCAUGUGUAACUGAGUGUUCUAUUCCAAUAUGUUUG